AUGUUCUCAUUACCUACUGCUCAGCUGCAACAGCUUCUGGAUAACUCGUUAUCCUCUCCUUCCCUCAUGAACUCAUCAGCUCUUGGAGUUCAACUAUUACCUCUCCACUAUAUGUUAUUGAAUACCCAAAUACAAGAAUUAUUUAAACAAAAUAUCCUGGAAAAGAAUGUUGAAUCCUCCGAUUCUGAAAUUCAUAGCGACGAGUCUAACAAAGCCUCGUCAUGUUCUUUUUCCAUCGACAACCUGCUGAAAGUGGAGGAAAACUACGAGAAGCAGUCAUCCGCCACCCCACCACCUUUUCCGGAAGUUACCGCUUAUACUAUGGACACCUUAGAUGUUACAGAUGGUAGAGCUAAGAAUGAAAAGAGAGGUUCAACUCGCUGUGUUUGUGAGCAAUGUGGAAAAACCUACGCAACUACCAGUAAUCUCAGUCGUCAUAAACAGACACAUCGACCGCUGGACAGUCCUCAUGCGAAGCAGUGCCCUCAUUGUGACAGAGUGUAUGUCAGUAUGCCAGCUUUAAGUAUGCAUAUUUUGACUCACAAAGCCAGCCAUGAAUGCCAUGUGUGUGGAAAAGUAUUUUCUCGUCUUUGGCUUCUACAGGGUCACUUGAGAUCUCAUACUGGCCAGAGACCUUUCGGAUGUGCGCACUGUGGGAAGAGUUUCGCUGAUAGAAGCAAUUUGAGGGCUCAUAUUUUAACUCAUACAGGAGAAAAACGCUUCGGCUGCACAGUUUGUGGAAAAAGAUUUGCGCUUAGGAGCUAUUUGAACCGACAUAUGGAAUCUAGUUGUGGUCUCUCUCCGUCUAUGGUUAUAAAGGAGGAACCACAGGCUUAA